GUAAUAUGUAAGCUGAGCGAGUAUAGGAUGUCAAGCAACUUCUGUGUUAGGUUCCUCAUUCUAUAAGUUGUGAAAGCCUGGAUCGUAUGAGCUCGUUGGUUCGUGUGUUCUCAGUUUUAGCUGCACAGCCGUUCGUAAUGUAAAAAGUGAUGUAAUAAUGGAGUAUCUCAAGGAGAAAGGUUAUUAAAAUCUUCGAAACCUAACUCGUGCAGAAUAAUAAAAUGGAAAUUCAAGUUUGGGAGCUUUCAUCAACGGUUAAAAAGAAGCUGGUUGAAGAAAAUUGUUCUAGUUUGGGUAUGAAAUGUACUUCUGGAACUCAUAAUGAGGAUAUAGCCAUAGCUCUUAAGAAAACACGUGAAAUGCAUGAUUUAAGUGACAGUAACAAGCCCAUCUUACGAAAAAUAAAAAAUUCUGAAGAGGAAAAAAAACAAUGCGUUGGUGUUACAUCAGAUGAAGAUAAAUUGUCUGUGGAUGUUGAUGUAGCAGCUGAUAAAAAUAACAUGCACAUAGCUAAAGAUGGAACUGUAAAAGCUUUCUCAGAGAUCAACAAAUGCAGCAUUCAAAAUAAGAUAAACCAGUCUGUCCAGAACUCCAAAAAUAAGAAUAUACAAAACAAAGAGAAGAGUUUUCCUGUCGAUAGAGUUGUAACAGAACAAUUUGUUUUAGAAAAUACUUCCACCAAUAAUGAAUCAUGUCAGCCUGUCUCAGAGAAUUCGAAACAAAGUAAUUAUUUUAUCAAAAAUGAAUUAGUUCAGUCGAAUUUUGAGAUACUACAAGAUAAUAUUUCUUUUACAAAGAACAAGUUCAAUAAAUCUUUCCCAAUGUGCGAAGAAGGAGCCAGUUUUACUACCAAAGUGGAAUUAGACCAAUGUGUUCAAGAAAACACAAAAGAAAAUGAUUCUCAUGCCAAGAAUGAGCCGGACAUGUCUAUUGUGAAAAAUGAGAAAGAAAUUGCUUGCCUGACCAAGAAUAAAACUCAGACUCUUCCAAAGAAUAAAAGGAACUCUUCCCUGGCUAAAGUUGAUGAUGGUGAUUGCUUCGUUCCACGUGUUAAAAAAAUAAGUGAUAUUUCAACAGAGAUAAAACAGUAUAUUUCAGAUAUUAACAAAGACAGUCCUAUGAUGUACAAUGCAGAUGAAGAAACAAUCAAAAAGAAGUUAGGGAAGAAGAAUGAGUUCCAGUUUCAUAUGCAGCCAGAGCACACUGUGAAUGGCAAACAAGGAAAGAAGCAAUACAAGUGUGACAUAUGUGCAGGAAUUUAUCGUCAUGCGUUCAGCCUCAAAAGGCAUUUCCUGAGAAACCAUAUUAAUUACAAGUACUUGUCUGACUCGGAUAUUGCAAACUGUAAUAUUAAUGUAAAUUCUUUGAAAGACAAUUAUGAGACACCUUCUGAAGAACAUAUAGGAGAAAGAACAGAAGCAUCAGAAGCCAUAACUGAAAAUAAAAUGACCCAAGUUUCAACUUCAGAAGAUAUAAUUGGACUGUAUCGUUGCCAUUUAUGCCAACAGUUAUUUGAUGUGAGGGGUGAACUGAAAACUCAUGUCACCAACCACCCAUCAGUUUCUAGUCAGAAAAGUUUCUCUUGUCCUGAUUGUGACAUGACAUUCACACACAAGCAAAACCUGGUACGCCACUCAUCAGUUCAUAGUGAAGCUAAAGCUUUAAAAUGCAGCUUCUGUUUCAAAAAAUUCAGAACAGCUGAGAAGUUACAGAAACAUGAGACCUUACACAAAGGAGGAAAAACAGUAGUUUGUAAUUAUUGUAAUGGCUUGUUUGCUCUGGAAAAAUCACUAAGAAAACACAUUAUGAAAUUCCAUAAGGAACAUAUAUUCCCAUGUAAUAAGUGUUCAAGAACUUUUAUGACCAAAAUCUUGCUCGAGAAACAUGAAAGUCUGAAGCAUUCAAUUAAGUCACUAGACAGCACUGAUGUGGAUCUAGUAGAUGUUGGGAAGAUUGCAAAUAAUACUGGAACUGAAUCUGAAGGUAAAAUUGUGAACCUUAUGGUAGGUGAUUGUCAGACAGAAAUACAAGUUUCUUGCACUAUUUGUAAAAAACAAUUCACUUCAUAUGUCAAUAUGUGUCGGCAUCGGCGUCUUGCCCAUCAGUAUAUUCCUAGAGGAAAACAAGGCAAGUACAAAUCUGGAAAAUCUGUUUUUGUCCAAAAAUCUAGUGCUUCACAGAAUGACAGGAAAGCUAAUGGUGAGAUUUCUGAAGCAGAAUUUUUCAUGACUGUAGCUGAGAAAAUUUCUGAAAAUUUGAUAAAUUUUGUUGAUGGAAAGUCUUCACAAAUUCAGAAUGGAGCUAAAAAACCUCCUGCUAAAUGUAAGACGACUAUUAGACCCAAAGUACAGUGGGCAAACUACAACUUCCCUUCAGACUUUGACUUCAGUCAAAUGAAGGAAGUUCCAGAAAAAAAUGAAAAGUCAAAACCUAAAAGUACAGAACCAGAAAUACUGCUUGAAGAGUCAAACAUCUUAAAAGCUAUUGGCUUAAAACAUGAAUAUGAUGAGUGUGAAGAAGAGAGUGAAUCAUCUAAUGUGCACAAUUUGUCAGAAGAAUCUGAACCAAUAUCUGAUGAGGAAAUUCUAAUGAAUAAAAGUAAUAUACCAAAGAUAGAGACAACGGAAUCUCUGGGUAAAGACUGCACUGAAGAAAGAAAUAUCAAAUAUAUUUGUAACACUUGUGGAGAAAGAUUUGGUUCUUUGGAAGUGAUAGAAGAUCAUAAGUUAAACAACCAUCUGAAUGUUUUCUGUACACACAUUGAAAUUGAAGGUGAGAAGGAAAUUCCUCCUGAAAUAUGCUACCACUUAUGUAGUUCAGUAGGGAUACUAAAAAGCAGUAUAGUACCUCCUCUCACAUCCACAGAAAAUUCUAAACUGCACUGUACCAAGUGUCAAAAGUUGUUUAGCUCCGUACCAGAUCUGCAUCUGCACAUUCUAGAAUGUGGUGGAGAAAAGACAUUCAUUAACUUUAAACCAGAGAUUAAAAAGAAAUAUAGAAAUAAAAUGUUAAAGUGGAAAAAGUUAGGGAAAGGCAUCCAGAGAUAUCUAGAUGGAUUUGAAUAUGCAUCAAACCAUCACAAGAAGCACAAAAAAAUUGAAAAGCCUAAGAAGUCCAUGUGGGAACUAAGGUAUCCAAAAUAUUCAUCCCAACAUAUCAAAACAAUAAAGGAUGAUAAAGCUAAAAUAUUUUGCUGUGAUGGUUGUGAAACAAAGUUCUACUAUCUAGCAGCAUUCCAACGACACAAAAGAGGAUGUCCAUUAAAAAUUGCAAUGGAGGCAAACAGCUCAAGUUUCCCUUAUACUGAUAACAAAACAUUAAGUCAAAGGCACAGUUGUCGUCACUGUGGUAAAAGAUUCACCUACUUAGCUAGGCUUAAAAAGCAUAUGAAAAAUAACUGUUAUGGAACAAAAGAGCAAGAAAUAGUUUUCCCUGUUAACACUGCAGUCAGCAUAGCAACAACAGAAAAUAAUGUGAACAAAACAGAUACAACUACACUAGGAGCUUUGCCACUGCAAUGUGACCAGGUAGCUGUUGAAAAUAACAUUACAGAUUUUGAUUGUGAAAGAAAUCAGGAAGUUAUGGAACUAAAACCUAAAAAAGCUGAUUUUAAAAUAGGUGAGGAGGAUCGUGAUGUUGAUUUGGUACUUUUCAAAAAGAAUUCUCCACCAGAAGAAUGCUUGGAUCCUGUCCUGGUUGAAACGGAUAUUUCAGAAACAACAUUAAUAACAUCUAGUCCAUCUGUGGGUUCCAUACCUGUAUCAUCACCAAAUAAUAUAAGAAAAUCAUUACGUAGAAGCAGGAAAUUUUAUGUUCCUGAGCAGUUGAAAAUAUAUUCUAGAAGGAAUAGAACAAAGAAGAAAGAACUAGAACUGUCUGAUAUUAAUUCAGAUAAAUCAUACAACCCACCCAUUUUGGCUUUUCCUCAGAAAUCCGAGAUGGACAGUUUAUCAAAAAGCUUAAAUCCAUCUAGUGAUGAGCCACUAGUUGGAAAUCCUGACAACUCCCAGAGUCAGAAAUCUGUUUCUGAUAGUUUAACAGUCAACUGUGACACAUCUACCCAAGUAAAAUCUAGUGAGGAAUUCCCUAUAAUUUUGAAUUCCCCAGUUCUGGAAACGUUUACUGAAAAGUUAGUUGGAGACUCCAUUCUUUCUGUCAGUCAGAGCUCUGAAAAGUCAAAUAGUAGAUUUAAAUUGGAGAUGAAUGUAGAGUCAAAACCUCCUCAGUUGAAACAGAGUUCCACAGAAACACCAUACACGAGUCCAAAAUUGAAUAUGCCCAUUAAGUCAGGAUCUGCAACUUUUAUGAAUCAAAUGCACACAUGCCCAGUGUGUAGAAGGACUUUCUGCUACCUUGCAAACUUCAGAAAACACAUCAGAGAUGUCUGUCCAACUGCAAAAGAGAUGGAAGAAAGUAAAAAUGGAAAUCUAAUUAGCUUACAAAAGAAAACAGAAACUGAACACGGUAGUGGAUUGAGUCCUUCAACUUUGUCGGUGCGUGGCCAGAUACAAAAUUCCGUGCUUGGAAUUCUUAGGGCUCAGUCAAAACAACAAGAGAUCAUGAACAUAUCAACUAAAGAAGAGCAGAAGUCAAUGGCUUCAUCACGCUUUCAUACUUUUUCAUGUAAUGUUUGCCACAAAAUAUUUUUUUCCUUUGUUAAACUGCUUCAACAUAGCAUCUCACACAAACUGUCUGUGGACACAGAAGAGGAUGGUAAUAGCUUAUCAAACAAACUGCAGGAUAGUUUACUCAGCUCUUUAUAUAACAGUGAUGAUAAAAUAGAAAAUGAUGUUCUUCCGGACAGUAGUAUAACCACUGCUUCUAGCAGCUCUGUUAAUGAAAAUAACAGUGGACCUAUGGGGAGUGUUGAAAAUAAAGUACUACCAGUAUCACCAGUGACAAGCGCUAAAGCCUGCACUGAUAAGGUUAGCCAGAAAAUUGUAUGUGAUAUACCAGCAGCAGCCACCCUAGGAAAUUCUUCACCUGUCAAAUCUGAAGCCAAGGAAGUAAAAACAAGAAAUAAUAGUGGAGGCAAGGUGAGGAGAAAACCAGGAAGACGACCAGGCCCCAGAAAGAAAGAAAAAGCCACACCACGUGCUACGAAAAGAAAAUAUUCCUCGCGUAAAAAUGGCAGGCGAGGAAAAGCCUCUAAUGUCCAAGAGGCUUCUGUGUUACAAUUUUCAACAACAAAACGACUGAGAAAAUCAACUAGGAAGAAGUAGAGUGAUAUAUAUAUAUGGUAUCUCAUUGAAUUAAGUGAAAAACCUAUCAAGAGGGUGUAGAAACUAGUCCUAAUGACUUGUGCAUGGAUAACACGCAGAAGCUCAUUAUUUGGUAAUGUACAGAAUGCAUUACUUGUUCUUACGUAUCACUAGGAAUAAUGUGGGUUGAGCAUGUCUGGAAACUAUAUGAAUGGCAAAUAAUCAUUUGUGCCUUAUAUAAAAAGUAUCUUCCAGUUGUGUGUACUUCAAAUAGUAUAAGUCUGUUUGAAAUAAUUACUGAACACAAAUCUGAGUUAAGAUGUCCUUAGGAGGUGUUAAUUUGAUACAAAUUUAUAACGUUAUUAUAUCAGUUAACAUUUGCAAAUAAAGAAUUAAAAAGUAUUAACAUCACAUGUUACUAUACUAUUUGGUUGACACUGAGUUGUGGAAGGAAGAGCUAAAACUCUAGUAAUUUCAUGCAAUAAAUUUGAACUAAGGUUGUGGACAUUUUGUGGAAGACUGUUAUCAGAGAACUGGGAUCUCAAUUAAAGGUUUUAAUGUGUGUAUUUUAUGUGAAACUGGUCACAUUAUUUGGUUCAAGUACCUGCCUAGUCCUACUCAAGCUGUUUCAGCUGUACAAACUGAUAUCAUUUAGUAAACAUGUUCAGUAUCAAACUAGUAUAUUUGAUAAAAAUGAUAUAUCGGUUGAAGAAAGGUUAGAUAUUUUUUGAGGCUAACUUUUUAAGAAAUGUUCAUGUUUUUAGAUAAAUCAAGAUUGUGUGCACUGAAAAUAUUAUGUUGUAUUCACUUAGAGAAAGAAAUGCUAACUGGUAAAUGUCUGAUGAAAAGUGAAUUUAUCCAGACAUUUCAUUCAGUUAAUGACUUUUUUAAAAAAAAUCAGUAUUUCACAGUAGAGUUAUAAGAUACAUAAAACUAAGUUCAUUUAAAUUUGUGCUAAGUUCUUCCUCAUCAGGUUUGUGUUGUGUUUCUUUUUCUGACUAACAUUGGCAAACUUUUGUUUUGUUUAUAGUAAAGUUAGACUUUCAGGACAUUUUUAAUACUUACUUGUUUUUUCAGAGGUGGACAGUGGACAAGAUCCAUUGUACAUUAAUUUUAAAAGACUGGAUUUAGUGAAGCAACUGAAUAUUAAUGUUAUAGUUAACAAAAUGAAGAUGAAUUCAAAUUCGGUGACGAGGAACCCACUUUGAGACUAAUAAUGGCUGGAGACUGCUUGAAUGGGUAAUGAAGAAAAACUUUAA